AUGGCGGCGGCGGCGGCGGCGGGUGCCGGCGGCCGGGCCGCGGUGCGGGGGCGGCGGCGGCGGGGCCGGGCCGCGGCCGAGGACGAGCAGGACGCGGUGGUGCUGUCGGUGGCCGAGUGCCCGGUGUGCCGGCAGGCGCUGGUGGAAGCGGUGACGCCUCCCUGCCGCCACUCGCUCUGCCUCUCCUGCUUCCAGCGCUGCCCGCAGGGCCCAGGCCUGCGCUGCCCGCUGUGCCGCAGCCGCCUCUCCACACGGGCCCGGCGGCAGCAGGCCGAGCCCGCAGCCACCACGGCCGCCGGAGCAGCAGGCGGAGAGCAGCGGCCGCCGGACCAAGAUUUUAUAUUCAGAGCACCCAUUAAAUUAAGCAAAACGGGAGAACUCCGAGAAGAAUAUGAAAGCCAGCUAAGGAAGCUGAGAGAGGAGAAACUACAAGAAGAAAAGGCAUCUGAGGAUAUCAUGCACAAGUUCAUUCUAGAUGACAUGGAUGUAGGGAAAAGAAAAAUGGAGGAACAGCAGAAAAAAGAUGAAUCUGUGGUGCUGAAAGGGAACCAAGACUGUUUUCCUGAACGUCUCUCGGAUUCCGAGAACGAAGAACCAUUCCAGGGCAAGCAAACACAUCGGUCAGCUUUUGUUUCCAAGACCAGUGCCUACUCCUUUGCUUUCCUUUCAGGGAAUUUAACCUCCAAGGUGGAGAGGAGUCGGAGCUGCAAUGACACCAUUCAGGAGAGAUCCAAGAGCAGGCAGAGAUCAGCCCCAGCCACCAAAACAAAGGUGCUGCCCGUCAUGGGCGCGUCCACGCCGCUGCUCGGGGUGCUGUCAUCCACGCAGAACCACCGCUGCCUGUCCGCCCCGGAUCUGACGGCCGAGAAGCGCCUGGUGCUCAACGCCGUGUCCUCCCUGUCAGCGCUGCACAGGCCCGAGCGAUCCAUCAGCCCCGAGAGCAACGACAGCAUCUCGGAGGAGCUCAACCACUUCAAGCCCAUCGUCUGCUCCCCGUGCACGCCCCCAAAGAGGCUCCCCGACGGCAGGGUCCUGAGCCCCCUCAUCAUCAAAUCCACCCCCAGAAACCUGAACCGCAGCCUGCAGAAGCCAACGACCUACGAGGCCAGUCCUAGAAUACUGAAGAAAUGGGAGCAGAUAUUUCAGGAGCGUCAGAUCAAAAAGACUCUGUCUAAAGCAACCCUUACGUCCUUGGCUUCGGAGCCUGGGGAAGACAAUGCGGUUCCUGACAUCACCAACUCCAGCAGUUGCACUAAAGAGCAGCCACAAGUGCAGGAUGAUCACCUCCCGCCCGACACAGCAGGAGAGCCUCGCCCUGAGCUGGAUUUCCUCCCUUCCGUCAGUGCAACGAAGCUGGGAAGAGGGAGCGAGAAGGACAGAGGUUCGCAGGCCUUAACCACCGAUGACAGCGCUGCCGAACGAGAUGUGAGAUCAAACGUAACCUCCCUAAACACGCGGGCGGCUGAAGUCCCAGACCUAAAAGUGAACGCGUUCAUGGACAAACCCUGUCUUAGUCUGGGUCAGAAAAUGCUGAGCAGGAGACUCAUGGGCGUCAGCGCUUCGCUGCCUGACAACAGCACGCUCGGAGUCCCCGUCAAGCCAUCGGGGAAAAAGCAGCUGAAAUACCUGAACAACAGUGAGCUGAUCAACGUACAGAACAGCACCUGCAACUCCGUGGAGAACAUCAUCGGGGAGCAGCCGCCGCUGCUGCGGCGCGGCCGGAAGAGACGCUGCAAAACAAAGCACUUGGAGCACAAUGGCUCCGUCAAAAGACUGAGGCACGUGGCAGGGGAGGUGGGCCUGCCUCCGGAGGUUCGGGAUGUGGAGCAGAAGCUCCAGCAAGAGGAGGAGGACAGGAGGUUGGCCCUGCACCUGCAGCGGAUUUUCGACAGCGAGAACAGGACAGUGGAUAGGCGGAAAGUCCGUGUGGAUCGGUAUCUGCUGCGGUCCAAGAGCACUCUGGGUGCCAAGUAGCACCGCUGGACGAUGUUGCCUUUCUAGAGGACAAUGAGGUUUAUCAGAUUGUCUUAUAGGAAAACUAUUUUUUGCCCUGCUUCCACCCAUGCAAUUGUUUUUUCAUUUCGGUGGUAAGACAUUUCUAGGUCCAGUUCAGAGAGAAGCCAGCGUCCUUUCAGAUUUAAAAAGAGAGAGAGAGAGAGAGAACUAGAAAAAAAAAAUCCUCCAGUCCUCUCUGGUUCGUUGGUCUGAAGGAAUUGCAUGUCAUCCCUGUGAAUACACUGCAAGGCCUCCACAUGCAGUCGGGCACACCUGGGAUCCCCAGCUAGGAGGGUUGUGAACGUGGGCUAUGAGGACCGUCCCUUGCCAAGAUUGCCAAGAGAAAUCUGAGCUCUGCUCAUGGAAAUUGUCUGAGAGUCUUCUCCUCUCUGCCUGCCCCAUUUUCUCCUUCAGGCUGCAUCUGGUUGUGGGGUCAGCCUCUUGCCCACGCUCCAUAUUUCUCCUGGGGAGUCCUAAACAGAGUCCCCCCCCCAUAGUACUUCCAAUGAAUGUAUCUCACUAUCUGCAGCACAGAUCAUUCAUCGCUUUCUUGAAGCAGAAAGCCAAAUGCAGUGAAAAGAAAGACUUAAAAUAAGGAUUUUACUGAAAAACCUGAUAGGGAUUUGUAAUUUUACGUUUGUGACGGGGGAGAGAGCUCAGGUGGAGCGCACGCUGAGCACUGGGACCCAGGGAGCUUUUCUUCCAGUCCGUGUCUUUUGUAAACCAAGAGGGUUUCCUGUUCUUCCCUGUAGUACUGAAGAAAGGGAAAUGCUGGCCAGGGAGUUUCUGGAAGGAUGUCCUCCCAGCUGCCACAUCCCUUGCUCAGUUAAGAGCUCUCUCAGCACACCUAAGGCCUGUCCUUGCAUGUCCCAGAGGAGCAUCCCGAAGGAUCCGGCCAGGCAGACGAUGGGACGGGAGCCCAGCAGUCCCAAGGGCUGCCCUGCCCCUGCUCCAGCUUCCUGGCUUCAGCUUCAAACCACUAAGAAGGCUCAGGUGAGCGAUGCACUAAAAACUUCCGGGCAUGAAGCUGGGCCUGGAGCAGAGCUGGCUCAGAGCCUGGGCUUGGUGGAGCGUGUGUUCUCUGCCCAGAUGCGGCAGGCCGCCCUCUAGAGUGUUUCUAACCCUCUUCCAUGGAUUAAUUUCAUGGAUUAUUUCCAGUAAUGCAGCUCAAAAAGUACCCUUCCAGCUCAGUCCUUGGCAGCUGCCUUGCAGAGUAUUCACAGGGACCCUUGAGGCCCAUGGGGAGGGACCUUUGUCUGAGGCAGGGGUUGGGGCAUUACCCAUCCUGCACUCCCUGUGAGCCAGGUGGCAGGGGUGUUUUUGGGAUGAGCACACUGCAGGGGCAAACUUCCUAUGGACCGUGUGAAGGGAGGGCAGCCAGUGCACGUAAACAGAUCUGAUCUAAGACAGCUCCGUUGCCCAAUUUCCUCUAUCUAAAAACAGUUGAAUUUUCUCCCUCCGUCUUAAACAGUCAAAAAGGAAACAGGAACUGGUUUUCUUUUUCACUGCAAGGACCCUGGCAGUUUCUUUUUUUUCCUAAUUGAACUGGAUUAAAAAAAAAAAAAGAGGAAAGAAAAAAAGAAAUCUUAUAUUUUAUUGGGUAAAAUUUAUAUAUUUUAAAUACUAUAUUUCAACAGAUCGACACUUUUGUUUUGCAAAAUCUUAUAGCAGUGGUUCCAUAAUAUAUAUCUCUAUCUCUGUAUCUCCUUGCCACACAAACUACUGGAUGGUUGAAGUUGCACCUGGGGCUGCUGAGACCUGGCCUGCUCUGCCUUCCCAGCACUCCGGGCCCUCUCCUGCACCACAGCCUCGGCAGGUGCUGCAUGAAGCAGGCUUGAAGCUCUUGACCCAAAGCAAAACCUGCUCCUCUGUCCAGCUGUGAAGUAGAAGGAAAUUAAGGACUUGGAGCUUUGACUGGACCUAGAAGAACAGCACAGAGAGAAGGAGUGGUGGCCUGGAUCUGCCCUCGGAGCUCAGGAGGGAAAGCCACAGCUUUAACUCGGAAUCCGUGCUGUUUUUCCCAACAUUUUGAGCUACAAUAUGCAUUUUCCAGGUGCAUUUAGGUUUAGAAUUAUUUUUACAGGCCCCCUUUUCUGUGGCUCAUCCCUGGAGCCCCAGACAGACUUCCCUAAAUAGUUUCUUUUUUUUUCUGGUGGUGUUUGUGGGGGUUCAGCUGGGGCUGGGCUGCUUACACCACAAAAAAAUAGAUUUACACGCUGAAUGUAUCUUCUUUUUCCCCCCUUAAAGCAGAUUUCACAGCCCAAUGCACUAGGCCAGUGUCUUAAAUACCUUCUUUUGAGAAGAUUUUAUAAAUAUUUAGGGGUUUGUGCGUUAAUUUUCUGAUCCCAAAUCCAAGCUGGGCAGAAGUGUAGGAGGCAGUGCCUGAGCUGGAGCUUGUCCCCAGCCGAAAAAGCUUCAUGGGACCUCUCGUGCUCCCGGCUGCCCCCAAAACAGAGAUCCCAACUCCCCCAGCAUCGCACAGAGGCCGUGGCAUCUGCGUUGGAGGAGACCUUUGGAUGUGGAAUCACAAGUCUCGUCAGGGAAGGGUUGCGGCGAUGCAAAGCCGGGAUGAAUGUUUUGCUAAUUUAACACUCUCAACGUUUGUGUAAGCUUGCAAAAAAUCAUCAGCAAUUGUAAAUAAUUACUCUCAAAAGAGCAGGAAUACCCAGCGUCUCCCGUGUAAAGGGAAUUGGGAAUGAUACCACCUUUGUCAGAAAUCGUGGCAGCUGAGGAGGAAAAUACUUCCUGCUGAACACUGAAUGCAGCACGAGAUUAAACCAAGUAUUUAUUCACCUUUUUCUGAAAGUCCUUUGUAGCCCUCAACUGCCUUCCCUCCAGGAUGAAGGCGUUCCUUGCUGGCUGUGGGAGAGCACGGGCAUGGGAUUGUCCUCCUAAAAUGUGAAGCUGUCUGAUCCAGAGGGGCAGGGGUUGGUUCCUGACAGAAGGACUGUGUCUGCCAAAGAUGCCACCAACUCCCAGAAAGUGGCUUUCUGACCCUCUGGAGCUCUCUGCCCGGGAAAAGCUGUACAGAAGGGUCCGUGUUUGGAGUCAGCGAGAUGGGAUAAAUGAAGGAAAAGUGCCAAAAGGGAUCAUGUCAGGUGGUUGUAUGACGCUGUUCUAUAUUGUCAGUAUUUCUCUUCCAGUGCUAUUGUACAUGCAGUGCACAGUAGUCAUGAAGUGUAGCUUGAACAAGCGCUUCUUUGUAUUUUCUCAGUGAAAGCAAUGGGGGAGAUCGAAGCCUUAAAGACUCUCACUGACUUUAGAAAUCAAGCCUUUAGCAAUGCUCCGAGGGGCAGGCCCUGUCCUGUCUCCCAGCUGUCCAGCAGAAGGUCGGCAAAGAGCUUGUCCCACACACGAGGGGAAGCGUUUUGGAGAGCCUGGACCCUCUCUCCCGGUGGAGCCCACUGCCCACGGUGGGUCCCCACGGGAUGUCCCGGGGAUGGAAGCACGGCAGGGAGCUGGGAUGUUCCCUGUGUGCCGCACCUCCUGGCACCGCCCUGUCCCCUCCCCGUAUCUGCGGAGCACCGCGACGCAUCCGCCCUGGAGUUAGCUCCUCACUAUGCAAAAAGGAAAACCUUCAGCUGGUCACGGGCGGGGGUGUGCGCCUGCUUUCCUUGGGGUUUGCUAUGGGGCUGUUGAAAACCAAUCUCGAUGUCGCUACACUUUUCCUCCAGUAACGCUUUAAAUCGUUGUGCUUUCGUGUUCUCCGCCCGCCAGCAGAGCACCGGCUGGCUGCAGACUCUCACGGUCAUUCUGGUCUCCGCUGAACCCCCGUGGCUUCACCUGAAUGUGUUACAAAGCGACGGAAGGCACCAAAGGACCGCUGACUUGCAUGUGUGAAAUGUGUGAGUGGAAUGACAUGCAGGCAUCUGUCAUGUUGUGGCUUCUGUUGUUUGAAACAGAGUAAAUCCUGCUUGUGAAGCAAUUGUCACAAACCAGAAAUAUGCCAACAAAUGUGUACAAAUAACGGUGUUUGUUUUAACAGCAACCAGGACUUGAACUGCAGGGCAAAGGCCGAGGUUCAAACAGAAUAAAACCAGAUUCUGACAGUGAAA